AUGGAGAACCAAAGCGUGUCUGAAUUCAUCCUUGUGGGUUUUUCCAUUAGCCGUCCAGCAGAGCUCUUACUUGCCUUCCUCUUCUUGGCCAUGUACGUUGCAAGCUUGGGGGCCAACCUCAUCAUCCUCUGCAUUGUAUUGGCAGAUAACCGCCUCCACACCCCAAUGUACUUCUUUCUGGGCAACGUCUCCAUACUGGACAUCUUCUUCACCUCCGUCACCAGCCCACAAUUGCUCUGGAACCUCCUCUCUGGUGAGAAGUCUAUCUCUUUUGCUGCUUGCAUGCUCCAAUCUUACUUCUACUUUUUCCUGGGGACAGUUGAGUUCCUUUUGUUCACCUCCAUGUCCUAUGACCGCUAUGCUGCCAUAUGCAACCCACUGCAAUAUCAUGCAAUAAUGAACAGCCAGGUCUGCAUCCAGGUGGUUUUGGCUUGCUGGCUGGGUGGGUUCUUCUCUGUUCUCAUUCCCACCAUUAUGAUUACCAGGCUAUCCUACUGCAAGUCGAACAUCAUCAACCAUUUCUUUUGUGAUAGUGGCCCCCUGCUGGAUCUGUCCUGCAGUGACACCCAUCUGAUAGAGCUGAUGGACUUUGUGCUCUCCUCUGUCGUUAUCCUCUGUGCAUUACUCUUAACGCUAGUUUCUUACAUAUGCAUCAUCUCAGCAAUAAUGCGCAUCUCCACCACUUCAGGUCGGGCAAAAGCUUUCAAUACUUGUGCUACACAUCUGACGGUCAUCUCCAUCUCCUCUGGCAUCAGCAUCUUCAUCUAUGUCACACCAUCCCAAAAGGAGGCUCUUGAAAUCCAUAAGGUCCCUGCUCUCCUCACCACAAUUGUCUGUCCUCUUCUGAACCCUUUCUUCUUCACACUGCAAAAUGACAUGGUGAAACUGGCACUAAGAGACACGCUGAGGCAAAUCACAGAGCUGACUGCUCAUAAAGUUUGUGGUGUGCUGGGAAGGAAUGGACAUAAGUGGUGA